AUGGGCGGUGAAGCGGACCAGAGCCUGUCCAAGUACCAAAGACAACCCGCGCAUCCCUGCUUGGCUAGCAGUGUCGACCUCAACCUCGUGAACUUCCCGGCCGCGGUUUUCCAGGAAAGUUGCGAAGCACAGCAGGUGUCUGAGGAUUGGGCGCCAGUGCUAGGCAAAGAUUCAGUUGGCAGGCAUCUGCAGUACAGUAAUCACGACACACAAGACCUCGAUUUGAGGAUGCCCAGUGGCGAAAGAACAUGUCUUGAACCAAGUCUUAACAGGAUCGACGAAACACACAUUGGCAAGUCAGCGACAAAGUUCCGACUCUUGCUUGGCCUUGUACGAAUGCAGCUAACCGUCGCCAUGCUGCGAGAGCCCCGCGCGAUCACCACCGGGUUCCAGAGGCGAUGA